ACAAUAGUCCUGUGGCCCGACACAAGCUAAGCAUUUAAGAUCAGCCUUACUUGAGGGUCAGUUCAGAAUUUGAUAAUGCCUGCCUGGACUUUACUUUUUUGUGGAUUAAUUUUCUCCUUCGUUUUGGAGAACCACGGAGAAAAAAGACGUCAACCAUGUUAUAAUGACACUGACCAUGGAUUCAUUAAAGUCCAUCUAAAGAUGCUUCGCGCCCUGCAUUGGCACAGACACCCGAAUCUACGGCCCGUCCAUCAUGCUGCGAACACCUGCAAACAUUUCUUGAGCGAGCUUUCCGCUGGGCGCUCAUCACAAGAACUCAGUCAUCGCUCACUCGCCCCCUGGCGGACAAGAACUGUGGAAAACCAUGAUAUGUACCCCUCAAGAUAUGAGGAAGCAGAGUGUUUGUGUGAUGGAUGCAUCAUUAACGGAGUUGAAAACCACAGCUACAACUCUGUGCCUGUGGAGCAAACUUUUUUAUUUCUGAAGAAGAUCAAGUGUCCGUCUGACCCGAGCAAAUACUCUAUUGAGUAUGAAAAAGUCAACGUGAGAGUAGCAUGCACCUGUGUGGUCCCUAGGUCGUAAUCUCUUAUAGAGAAAAAUACUUACCCAAACUCUAGAGAUGUAUCUCAUUGUGUCGUGUUUGUUUUAAAAUGCAAUUGUUGGAAGUUACUAGAAAAGUCUAAGUGACUUUUUUCUAUACAUUAUUCUAUACGCUUAUAUAUAUAAGCUGAGAAUGUUGCUUGUGUCACAUGAUUUGUUUUUAAGAUUAUAACUUGGUAUUUCUUGAAAGAUAGAUAUUUGUAUUAUUGUAAACACUACUUUAUGUUGACUUGUUAUUUAUUUAUAUAAUAAUUUAUUAACUAUUUAUUUCAGUUGUAUAUACAUUAUGCAAACAAAUUAAGGGCUUUUAUUUUUUGCGCCUGGUUUGCCACUUUAUAUCAGGUGUAGAAAUCAAUUCACUCACUGCCAGUGACAAGAAUGGUGAAACAAGUUUUUGUUUGAAGUGAUAAACGUGAAAUGUGUUGAAAUGUUUUGUUUUCCUGAACCUUGUCAUUUGCACUGAUUGUAUCAUAUUGAUAAAUAAAUAAAAUAUGCAUUAUUAAUUUAUUAA